AUGGUUGAAGCCUUUCCUGUGGAGCAGAAGGAUAAGGCUUCAGUGAUCACGCUGUGGGUCAGAAAGGGGCUGUUUGGUGGCAUGAAGCUGAAGAAGAAGAAAAAAGGCGAGAAAGGGUUGACUAUUACAAACAAAGAUGCACUGGGUGAUCAUGAUGAAAGUGCAAUUCUUCUCCAUGACAAUCUCGGAAGAAGAGAAGAGGGAGAGGAAGAUCCAAUGAACAGCGAUGCCCUGUCCAAUGUUUUUGGAUCCCUAAGUCCAAAUAGGAAAAGGGCAAAGCUGGUGACUAGAAUUCAUGAAGAGGAGCUGAAAUCCCAGAACUAUCAGAUUGCCAUCACCAUCAUUGAGGCCAGGCAGCUGGUGGGUGAGAACAUCGACCCUGUGGUGAUCAUUGAGAUAGGUGAUGAGAAAAAGCAAACAACAGUAAAGGAAGGCACAAACGCCCCUUUCUACAAUGAGUACUUUGUGUUCGAUUUCGUUGGACCACAGGUGUUGCUGUUCGACAAAAUAAUCAACAUCUCUGUUAUGCACAACAAACUGAUUGGGAGUGUGCUGAUAGGCUCCUUUAAAGUAGAUCUGGGGACAGUGUACAGUCAGCCAGGUCAUCAGUUUUGUGACAAGUGGGCACUUCUCACAGACCCUGCUGACAUUAGAACAGGAGCCAAGGGAUACCUGAAGUGUGACAUCAGUGUGACUGGGAAAGGUGAUGCAAUACAAGCUACACAGAAAACAGCUGAUACUGAGGAGCAGAUUGAAAAAAACCUCUUGAUCCCCAAAGGCUUUCCAUCUGAAAGACCAUGGGCCAGAUUUUAUGUGAGAAUUUACAAAGCAGAAGGACUUCCGAAGAUGAACUCUAGCAUCAUGGCCAAUGUCACCAAAGCAUUCAUAGGCGACAGUAAGGACCUUGUGGAUCCCUAUGUGGUGGUCAUGUUUGCAGGUCAAAUGGGCCGGACAACAGUGCAAAAGAGCUGUGCAGAUCCAGUGUGGCAGGAACAGAUUAUCUUCAAGGAAAUGUUCCCCCCACUCUGCCGAAGAGUCAAAAUCCAGGUCUGGGAUGAAGGUAGCAUGAAUGAUGUGGCUUUAGCAACACACUUCAUUGAUUUGAAGAAAAUAUCAAAUGAACAAGAUGGUGACAAAGGGUUUUUGCCUACCUUUGGGCCUGCCUGGAUCAAUCUCUACGGCUCACCCCGGAACCACAGCCUCAUUGAUGACCACCAGGAGCUUAAUGAAGGUUUUGGAGAAGGGGUUUCCUUCAGGGGACGUCUCUUCAUUGAGAUUGCUGUGGAAAUACUUUCAGGAGGUGCCCGAGAGUCGAAGUUUUCAAGUAUUAUCAAGGAUAUCAAGUUGUCAUCCAAAGGUAAAGACUUCAAAGGACCCAAAGGAAAAGACAAAACUGACAAAGCAGGAGAUGAUCGAAAGUCAGCUGCUCCUUCAAGUAAAAUGAACUCAACUGAAGUGGAAGUCGAGCCGUUUGAUGUACCUUUAGAGAUUUAUGAAGAAAAAUUUGAAGAAUUCCUUCUCUUUGGGACAUUUUUUGAAGUCACAAUGAUUGAUAGGAAGGUUGGGGACAAACCAAUAACUUUUGAGGUUUCCGUGGGUAACUUUGGAAAUAUUACAGAUGGGGUGUCAGCAGGAGCUGGAGGGAAGAAGAAGACACGUGAUGGAGAAGCAGAAGAAGGCCUUCUGCAUGAGGGGGGGGAUGACAUUUCUCAUGACCUUGGAGUACCCCUGAUAUCUACCACACUCCCUGAGAAACCUCUGAUCACAGGUGGGAACAGGAACUAUCAGUACCUGCCAUUCGACGAGAGGAAGCCCUGUGUCUGUGUCAAGAGCUACUGGGGCAACCAGACCUUUCGUUUGUACUCCUCCAACACCCUUGAGAAAAUGGCAGAUUACCUGGAAGAAUCAUUAGAGCAAGUAAAGGACUCGAUCAAGGUUUCAGAGACUGCAGCUGAGGAAAAAAUGAAGAAGACCCUAAAUGACUUUAUCAGCCAAAGCAGGGCCUUCAUGACCAUUGCUGAAAAGAAGCCCAAAGGGUUGAACUACACCGCUUUGGACAAAAAGAGACUCAUGCUGUUCAAGCAAGAGCUGGAAGCAAUGUCCAGUGAUGCCAAGGGAAUUGUUCAGCAUCAGAAAAAGAAGAUGCCACUAGAUGAAAUGAUUCGUGAGACUCAGAUCUUCAUAGAUAAAAUUCGAUUCUUAGUUGAUGAGCCACAGAAUACGGUGCCUGAUGUGUUCAUUUGGAUGCUCAGCAACAACAAGAGAGUUGCAUAUGCAAGAAUCCCAGCAAAAAACAUCCUCUACUCCCCAGCAAAGGAGCAGAGAGGCAAGGACUGUGGGAAGAUUAAAACUCAUUUCCUCAAAUUACCAGGCAAGCGCCCUCUGGGCUGGACUGUGCAGGCAAAGGUGGACAUCUACCUGUGGCUUGGACCUGCCAGCUAUGCCCACAGUAUCAUGGAGAAUUUACCUGUAGGAUAUGAGAUUGAACUGCCGUCUAACACCAGCUCAGGGAACAGUGUGGUGCCCUCACCUGCCUGCCUGCUGUAUAAAACCCCACACCUCUUCCAGCUGAGAGCCCACAUGUAUCAGGCGAGGGGGCUCAUUGCCGCUGACAGCACCGGACUUUCUGAUCCUUUUGCAAAAGUUACUUUCACAUCACGCUGUCAGACCACAAAGAUCAUUUCACAGACAUUAUCCCCCACCUGGAACCAGAUGCUGCUCUUCAACAGCAUUGUGCUCCACGGCGACAGAGAGGAGAUCGCUCAGUUCCCACCAGAGAUUGUCAUCGAGCUGUACGAUGAUGAUGCAGUGGGUAAGGCAGAAUAUAUUGGAUCUACAGUGGCUGCCCCUGUGGUGAGACUUGCUCAUCAAAGCUACGAACCACCCAAACUUUCUUACCACCCAGUGUACUGUGGAAAUCUUUCAGGAGGAGACCUUCUUGCUACAUUUGAGCUUUUGGAGAUUCCUGAGUCAGAUCCAGACAGACUUCCCCCACUGGAUCCACCAGAUGCUGGCCAGAUUUUCCCAGUCCCAGCUAAUAUACGACCUGUUUUAAGCAAAUACAGAGUGGAGGUCCUGUUCUGGGGUGUUCGAGAGCUGAAGAAAGUCCAGCUCCUCUCUGUAGAUCGCCCUCAGGUUCUCAUCGAAUGUGCAGGGAAAGGAGUGAAAUCCUCUGUCAUACAGAGCUACAAGAAAAAUCCCAACUUCACUGGCCUUGCAGACUGGUUUGAAGUGGAGCUGCCUGAAAACGAACUCCUGCAUCCACCACUGAGCAUCUGCGUGGUCGACUGGAGAGCGUUUGGGAGGAGUACUCUUGUUGGAACACAUACCAUCAAUUGCCUUAAGCAAUUCCUAUGUAAAACCCCUUUGGAUCCUCAGGCUGCACCUAACAGACUAGACACUGCAGAAGUUGAGGAAGCUUCACCUGAGUCAUCCCAGCCUGCUGAGUUAUUCCACGAAGAACCAUUUUUAGCUGAUCACAUCUACAUAGAUGUGGAGCAGGGUAAAAGUACAGUGGUAGAGCCAGACCCAUCUCUGAGAGCACUUCCUGCCACUGAACCAGAGCACUCUGCCUCUGAGACAGUGAAAGAGAAGAAAAAGAAG